GUCUUCCUUCACUUUUAUUUUGCCUACGGGGACUAUCAGUUUACUGUUCCCUAUAUUGUUCUGCAUAUACUGUUUACCAUCAUUGGAGCUGUAGUGCUUGCGUUCCAGUUGGGGGUUUUGGAGGUUCAUUGGCCGCCACCUGCGAUUGAGGGUUGGUAAAGAGUUGAGUUGAGGCGAAGAGGCGAGGCAUUGAAAAGAAUACACAUCACAAUGGCACACCGAAUCGGGCGAACGGUCUUCGAUGCGACUUCGACGUUACGAUCUAGUACUUCGUCCUCCACUCGGUCAAACACAUCAGCUUGGAGAAAACACCAGCGAAUAGCACCACUGCCCACACAACAGAAACGCGGCAUCCUAGGCCACACCCAACGAAGACGAGCAACGACUGCCUCCGGCUCAUACCUUGAUCCGAACAAACACCCUCUCAUCGACCACCACUACGAUGCCAUAGUCGUAGGAGCCGGCGGCGCAGGCCUCCGAGCAGCAGUCGGCCUUGCAGAAAGCGGUCUCGAAACAGCCUGCAUCACCAAACUCUUCCCCACACGCUCGCAUACCGUCGCAGCACAAGGUGGUAUCAAUGCCGCUCUGGGAAAUAUGACCGAAGACGAUUGGAGAUGGCAUAUGUACGACACAGUCAAAGGAUCAGAUUGGCUGGGAGAUCAAGAUGCUAUUCAUUACAUGUGCAGAGAAGCGCCCAAAGCUGUUUAUGAGUUGGAGAAUUAUGGGAUGGCGUUUAGUAGAACGGAAGAUGGGAGGAUAUAUCAAAGAGCUUUGGGAGGGCAGAGUUUGAAGUAUGGGAAAGGUGGGCAGGGUGUGAGGUGUUGUUCUGCGGCUGAUCGGACUGGGCAUGCUAUGUUGCAUACUUUGUAUGGGCAGAGUGUGAAGCAUAAUACGAACUUUUUUAUUGAGUAUUUUGCGAUUGAUUUGUUGAUGGUUGACGGGGAGUGUGUGGGUAUGCUUUGUAUGAGUAUGGAGGAUGGGACGUUGCAUAGAGUGUUUGCGAGGAAUACGGUGCUUGCGACUGGUGGAUAUGGAAGGACGUAUUUCUCUGCGACGAGUGCACAUACGUCGACCGGUGAUGGCAAUGCAAUGGCAGCACGUGCAGGUCUUGCCAAUCAAGACUUUGAGUUCAUUCAGUUCCAUCCGACAGGCAUCUAUGGCGCCGGUGUGCUCAUCACAGAAGGGUCACGAGGCGAGGGUGGUUACCUCCUGAAUAGCGAGGGUGAACGAUUCAUGGAGCGAUAUGCCCCUACAGCAAAGGAUCUUGCGUCACGAGAUGUGGUGUCGCGAUCUAUGCACAUGGAGAUCCGAGAAGGACGAGGCGUUGGAAAAGAUAAGGACCAUGUCUACCUUCAGCUCAGUCACCUGCCUGCGGAUCUCAUCAUGGAACGACUACCCGGCAUCGCAGAAACAGCCAGCGUGUUCUCUGGCGUUGAUGUGACGAAAGAGCCGAUUCCUGUUCUCCCGACAGUACACUACUGCAUGGGCGGUGUGCCAACGAAUUGGAAGGGCGAAGUGUUGAAUAUCGAUCAGACCACAGGGCAAGAGAAGGUCGUGAAGGGUCUCUACGCAGCCGGAGAGGUGGCUUGUGUCUCCGUGCACGGCGCCAAUCGACUGGGAGCGAACAGUCUGCUUGACAUCGUCGUGUUUGGCCGGGCCUGUGCGCUUGAUAUUGCGGCGAACAACGACAAGGGGGCUCCUCAUACCAAGGUUCCGGAAGACAUCGGCCUCGACCACAUUGCAUCGAUGGAGAAGAUUCGACAAGCAGAUGGCGAUAAGCUGAGCGCUGAGAUCCGGACCGACAUGCAAAAAGUCAUGCAAGCUGAUAUCUCAGUCUUCCGAACGAAAGAGGCCCUAGAUGUUGGCAACGAGCGUAUGCAGAAAGUCCAAGAGGACUUCAACACCAGACUCGCUGUGAAGGACAAGUCCAUGAUCUGGAACUCGGAUCUGAUCGAGACGCUAGAGUUGAAGAACCUCUUAACUUGUGCUGCGCAGACGGCUAAGUCAGCGCAACUUAGAGAGGAGAGCAGAGGUAGUCAUGCUCGAGAAGACUUCCCCAGUCGGAACGAUGAUAAGUGGAUGAAGCAUACGCUGAGUUGGCAGAAAGAUAUUGGACAGGAGACCAAGAUCGGAUAUCGUGGUGUUGUCAUGGAUACUCUGGAUAAGAGUGAGAUUGAUACCAUACCUCCGGUUGCGAGGACGUAUUAG